AUGGCUUCAGUACAGCAAGAGGCUUGUGGCGUCUCAGCUGCUCGCCCGCUCAUCUGCUCACGUCUCUUCACUCGACUAUUGUCUGGCCUCAAUUCAUCCUCAGCCGCUCACACUACAGAAACUUUGAAGCCCAAGCAUGGCAUUGAGCUAGCUUCAUGCUUCAGGCUAAUUUUCCUUGCACCGCCCAUAUCGUGCGAGUUUACAAACCCAGGAACGCAGAAUGAAAUCUUGAUCCUCGGACAGCCUAUCCGUGUCACGUAUCGCGGUAUAGAUUAUAAAAAUUACACCAUUGCGUUAUGGCAGCAGCUGCCUCAAGGCGGAGGAGCCAUACUUGGCCCAGCCCUAUAUGUGACAACAGACGGCGGAUCGAAAAGUUUCGACUGGGUUGUACAGCUGUACGGGUUUGACCUCGAUUAUUCCAACAAAUUCUUUUUCUGGCUCUUUCAGGGCGACUACUCGAACCAGGGUCAUCCUGAAAAGGCGAAUCACAUGGUAUCUGGUUACUUUAUCAUUUUGAAAGCUUCUCCCUCGACAUCCUCGUCCUCGGCCGGUGCAACUCCCACCCCUACAGCCACCGACCAGCAAACUACAGCCACCAGCCAGGAAACUCCAACUCCAACUCCAACCCCGUCAAAUAGUAAAGGCAUCUCAACGGGUGCCAAGACUAGCAUUGCGGUAGGGGCGGUGGGCGGUGCUCUUGCCAUUAUCGGCGCCGCGGCAUUCUUUGUGCGGUACAGGAUGCGCAAGAACAAAGAGGCGCAAAAGGUAUCGGCUUCGAGCGGCGACAACAAUCUCUAUCCGCCAUCAUACUGCUCUCCGCCAGCUCCUGGUGCUGAGUUGUACUACAAAUCUCAUGGCGUAGCAUCAUUUGCUCCGCACAACGACAUUCCACGCGAUUAUGGCUUCAGUGGCCAGCCAAUCGCCCAUGCUCGUCAUCUCAAUCAAGCGCCAGUGGAAAUGGGCACCUGA